GGCUCCCGGCCCCACCCGGCUCACAGCGCUCCGGACGAGACCGUGAGCACAGGCCGCUCCUCGGGUGCCUCGGAUCCCCGCGGGACCCCCGCCCAGCCCGGCCCAGCCGCCUGCACGCCCCACCGGCACCUCGCCCCCUGGCAUCUCCCCCCCGCCAACCCAGCAGGCCUCGUGCAGCCAUGUUCAGCUGGUUGAAGCGGGGCGGGGCCCGGGGCCAGCAGCCCGAGGCCAUCCGCACGGUGACCUCGGCCCUCAAGGAGCUGUACCGUGACAAACUGCUGCCUCUUGAGGAGCACUACCGCUUCGGGGCCUUCCACUCGCCCGCCCUGGAGGACGCCGACUUUGACGGCAAGCCCAUGGUGCUGGUGGCCGGACAGUACAGCACAGGCAAGACCAGCUUCAUCCAGUACCUGCUGGAGCAGGAGGUGCCAGGCUCCCGCGUGGGGCCCGAGCCCACCACCGACUGCUUCGUGGCCGUCAUGCAUGGGGACACGGAGGGCACCGUACCAGGCAACGCCCUUGUUGUUGACCCAGACAAGCCCUUCCGCAAACUCAACCCCUUCGGGAACACCUUCCUCAACAGGUUCAUGUGUGCCCAGCUCCCCAAUCAGGUCUUGGAGAGCAUUAGUAUCAUCGACACGCCGGGCAUCCUGUCAGGCGCUAAACAGAGAGUGAGCCGCGGCUAUGACUUCCCAGCCGUGCUGCGCUGGUUCGCGGAGCGUGUGGACCUCAUCAUCCUGCUCUUCGAUGCGCACAAGCUGGAGAUCUCUGAUGAAUUCUCAGAGGCCAUUGGCGCCCUGCGGGGCCACGAGGACAAGAUCCGCGUGGUGCUCAACAAGGCAGACAUGGUGGAGACGCAGCAGCUGAUGCGCGUCUAUGGGGCGCUCAUGUGGGCGCUAGGCAAAGUGGUGGGCACGCCCGAGGUGCUGCGCGUCUACAUCGGCUCCUUCUGGUCCCAGCCCCUCCUUGUGCCCGACAACCGGCGCCUCUUUGAGCUGGAGGAGCAGGACCUCUUUCGUGACAUCCAGGGCCUGCCACGCCACGCUGCCCUGCGCAAGCUCAACGACCUGGUGAAGAGGGCCCGGCUGGUGCGGGUUCACGCAUACAUCAUCAGCUACCUGAAGAAGGAGAUGCCCUCUGUGUUUGGGAAGGAGAACAAGAAGAAGCAGCUGAUCCUCAAGCUGCCUGUCAUCUUUGCUAAGAUUCAGCUGGAGCAUCACAUAUCUCCCGGCGACUUCCCUGAGUGCCAGAAGAUGCAGGAGCUGCUGAUGGCUCACGAUUUCACCAAGUUCCACUCCUUGAAGCCGAAGCUGCUGGAGGCGCUCGACGAGAUGCUGACACACGACAUCGCCAAGCUCAUGCCCCUGCUGCGGCAGGAGGAGCUGGAGAGCACGGAGGCGGGCGUGCAGGGUGGCGCUUUUGAAGGCACCCACAUGGGCCCGUUUGUGGAGCGGGGGCCUGACGAGAGCCUGGAGGACGGGGAGGAGGGCUCAGAUGACGAGGCCGAGUGGGUGGUGACCAAGGACAAAUCCAAAUACGACGAGAUCUUCUAUAACCUGGCGCCGGCCGACGGCAAGCUGAGCGGCACCAAGGUCAAGACCUGGAUGGUGGGUACCAAGCUCCCCAACUCGGUGCUGGGGCGCAUCUGGAAGCUGAGUGAUGUUGACCGGGAUGGCAUGCUGGACGACGAGGAGUUUGCCCUGGCCAGCCACCUCAUCGAGGCCAAGCUUGAGGGCCACGGGCUGCCCACCAACCUGCCCCGCCGCCUCGUGCCACCCUCCAAGCGGCGCCACAAGGGCUCUGCCGAGUGAACCAGCCGUUGCCUGCUGGCCCUUCCUCCCAUUGCCCUGCUGUGGCUCCCCAGCUCAGUUGACUGCAUGCACGCUCCCACUUUGGUCCUCUUGCACCCCAUCUGCCCACCCUCCCAGCUGUAUGGAUGGGGGUCUCUCCAUUCCCCCGCCACAAGACAGUGGGGCCCAGAGAAGAGGCAGGGCUUUGCUGCCCCUCCUUGCACCUCUACCCUCAUGCACACUCAGGCACAGCACACUGACCCUAACACAGAGGCAUCCAUUCAUAUACCAGUCAUUCAAAUAUUUAUUCAGCACCUACUAUGUCUGGAUGUUCGAGCUCUUUCUAGGCGCUGCGGAUUACAGCAAAGAGCAAAAGAGACACAUAUUAUCCGCCCACAUUCAGUCAUCACACACACAGACACACACCCUGCCCUACCAGCUGGCCCCUCACUCUGAGCAGGACCCCUCGCCUCUCCCUGUGAGUGGCCGUGCAGUUGAAAUAACCAGCAGACAGGACCCUUGCCCUAUUUCCUCUUCUCCAGCCAGACCAGGACGCCCCGCCCCACCACUCUCAGGUCUCAGGACCACUCGGGAUCUUAGAGGGGGAUAUAACCCCCUGUUUCCUCAGAUGGACGACUUCUCAGCAUCUCCCCCAGCUCUGGCCACACCCCUUUCUUCAGUAAGUCUCCUUAGAAAAGUCCCUUGCUCCUCGGUCCUCCUAACUGCACCCACUUUUAGGUAUUUCUGUCCUCCCACCUGCCCUGGAUUGAAAGCCCAGCCUGUGCCCUCCACCCCAGGCUCCCAGCAGCUGGUGAUGUGCAGACAGUGAAGCCCAGCCUCCUCUGCCCACCAUUAGGCGGUGUUUUUAAGUGGAGCGCCUACCAGAUAUAAAGGCUUCAGGGCUUUUGUCCCCUUUUCAGGGAUGUUGUGGGGGAAGGGGUUCUUGGUGCUACAGCCCUCCCUCCUCUUCCCUAAAGGAACCUCAUACCCCACCCACCCUUUUCCUGCCUUCAUCACGUAUCAGUGCUUAACCCUGGUGGGGGGGCGCCAUGGAAAAGAUGGGGAAGAGUGAGCAGCUGGGGACCAUGCCCCCCUCCAGGGUGCUCGCUGGGAUUCCCACCCCCACCAUCCCCCCACCUCAGAGGGCCUGUGAAUGGAAUAGUGUCCCCACAGAGCAAAUAAAGCCAAAGCUGCUUUCCA